AUGCUCACGACCCAACCACCACCGUUUCACUCCUUGCCACUGUACGCUCACGCUCACGAUCCAACCACCGCCGUUUCCCAGCCACCAUCAUCGAUCGCCGUUUCCGAAGCCGCCGGUCCCUCUCGCGCGACCUCCCUUCCUCUCUUCUCACACCGCCUUCACAAAACUUGUCAGAUUGUUAUCUUCUGGAAGUACAAUUAUCGGCUUGGAGCUCUCCUUGACACGAUGAGUGCAUUAAAAAGCUUAGGUCUCAAUGUUGUUAAGGCAAAUGUCUUUUUGGAUUCUUCUGGCAAACACAACAAGUUUUUCAUCACAAAAGCUGAUACUGGCAGAAAAGUCAAAGAUCCAGAGUUGUUAGAAGCAAUUCGUUUGACAAUUAUAAAUAAUCUAAUUCAGUAUCACCCGGAAUCAAGUUCUCAGUUAGCAAUGGGAGCGGCUUUUGGACUUCUACCUCCGAAAGAGCAGGUGAUGAAUGUCUAUACUUUUCAGUUUCAGUUUGUAUUUGCAUUGUUUAGUCUACACUUGUUUAUGUACGGUUGCAAUUUAUAUAUGUGGAAAGCGACAAGAAUAAAUCAUAAUUUCAUAUUUGAAUUCUCGCCGACCACGGCGCUAAAGCAUAGAGAUGCUUUUCUGAUUUGUACUGUCUUCAUGACUGCUGUGGUUGGAGCGAUGGUCUUGCACCUUCUUCUAAGGGCUGCGGGGUUUUUUCCUGGCAAUGUUGACGCCAUUCCCGGAAUUCUACUUCUGUUUUUCAUAGCUAUGCUCAUUUGCCCAUUAGACAUUUUCUAUCGUCCAACUCGAUUCUGCUUCAUCCGCGUUAUUCGUAACAUUAUCUGUUCUCCUUUUUAUAAGGUUCUUCUGGUGGAUUUUUUUAUGGCUGAUCAACUAACUAGUCAGAUACCAUUGCUAAGACAUUUGGAAACAACGAGUUGUCACAUUUUAUCCCGGGUUUUCAAAACGCACCACCCUGAAACCUGUAGUUCCAGAAGAUUAUACAUGGAAAUAACCUACAUUAUCUCAUUUUUGCCAUAUUUUUGGCGUGCCCUUCAGUGUGUAAGAAGAUGGUAUGAUGACAGUGAUGUUGCGCAUUUGCCAAACAUGGGGAAGUAUAUCUCUGCAAUGGUUGCAGCAGGAGCUAGAGGAUUUCUUAAUCCUAACUCAAGAAAUGCAUGGCUAAGAGAUGAUUUAGUUUUGAAGAAUAAAAGCAUAUACUACAUGUCUAUGGCAUUAAAUGUUGUGUUAAGAGUGACUUGGACAGAAACUGUUAUGCAUUUCAAAGUUGGGCCUAUUCAAACAAGGUUGUUGGAUUUUAUGUUAGCUUCAUUGGAUUUUAUGUCUACCGAAGAUUUUAUAUUGCCACUGAACUGGCGACCAAAAUAUUCCAAGAAAACAACCCUCAAUGAGUGUAGUAUCGAGUAUCUACCAACUUCGGACUGUACCAAAGUCGGUCAUCUCACUACCCCUAAAGAGGCCAGGAUGGUCAAGUAA